AAGCAUCGACUCUCUCUGCCUCUUUCUUCGCACCGCACACACAUCCAUAUGGAGACCAGUCCCUAGGCGGCCGCUCCGCUUCUCGUCUCCGCCAGCUGCCACUGUGUCGCCUCCGUUUUCUGCCUCCGCGUCGCGUCGCGUCACCUCCGCUGGAUGCCAGGGUCGCGGUCGUGGCAAUUUCAGACAUAGAUUCAGAUGCUCCGGUGGCAAUGGCAAGCCACCGAUCAUCUCUGCAUAUCGGAUAUGUUCUGCAUCGGUGCGUCUCGGAUCUGACGAUGACAACCACCGAUCAUCUCUGCAUCUCGGAUAUGUUUCUGCAUCGGUGCACAUCAGCAUAUGUUCUCCAACCUUCUCUUUGCAUCAGAUCUGCUCGUCUCUUUCGACUGGUGUCGCCUUGUCUUCUAGAUCUGAAGCCAUUUCUCACUUCGGGUCCUCAUAUGGGAACAGACGGCUUGGAAGGGGGUAUGGACCGCUGGCGAAGGGGAUGGGGUUGGGUAGGGUGCUGGAGAGGGUUGGGCAUGUUGGGGGAGGGUGCUAAAGGGGGGGUGAGGGGGGACAUUAUGGAGGGGGCUGGGGGUCUGUGGACUGGGCUGGUGGGAAAGGGGAGGCGGUGGCUACUGCCGUGGUGGUUGUUGGGGCUGCUGGAGAUCGGGCGAGGCAGGGAGGUUGUCAUUUGGGCUGCUGCCAAUCAUUGGGCGACACUAGGGUCAUGUGUUGGCGGUGGUGGGUGGUGAUGGGCAGCGGCGGUGGCGUGACAGUGGUGUGGUGGUGUGGUAACUGACCGGAGGGGCGGUGGUUGGAAAAAAUUGUGUGUCACUACGGAGUUGUCACUACGAAGAUGUUACAGCAAAGUUGUCACUAUGGUCGGUGACAACCCCGGGGCAGUCACUGUGGGUGGGGCAAUCACUGACUCACUGUGACUAUUGGGACAGUCACUGUGACCGAAAUCACUUUGACUUGAGUCUCUUUUAUCAGAGUCACUUUGCAUUGCAGGGUUAAUUGUGAUGUUGAUCACAUUUUUUGGAAUUUUAAAAAACUCUUUUUUUUAUCCUUUAUUCCUUUUUUAGUAGUAUCUAGGCCAAAAGGUCAAUAACUUUUUUAUAAUGUUUAAACUUGUUUCAGUCCUUGCUAGAAUAUAUUGGAUCUGACGUAAAAAAUAGUAACACGUGUAAUAGAUCACUACUAGACACGGUUAGAC